CAAGCGAAACCACAAACAAGACCAGAGAACCUAGGUUUGUUGGAAGUAGAAACGAGUAUAUUGCUUCUUCAGUUUAGAGGUACAAUGACACAAGCUCAGAUAUGUCGCGGAGACCAAAACAACAUGACAAUAUUUUCUAUUCCUAUGGCAUCAUUUACCUGUAAUGAAACAGAACAGGUCAUUUACAAAGUAGAAUUGGGACAUCCAGCUCAUGGAGAAAUUUCAGCUUUAGAAGAUAUACAGUGUGAAGAAAAGCUAUUUGAAUUACCACUAGCUUCAGAAAAAGAAAUGGCUUCAUCGAUCAAAAGUGCAAAACGUGGAAGGAAAAAAAAAACAGGUGAUGAUUUAAAAUGUGAUAUCUGUGGAAAACAGUAUGCCUGCUUGAAACAAUUGACUACUCAUAAAAAAUACCAUUCAGAUAAAAGACCGUAUGAAUGUUCCGUUGUUGAAUGUGUUAAAAAGUUUAAAUUUGCGAGUGAUUUGUCAAGACACAUGCGUAUCCAUACAAACUCACGGCCAUACAAAUGUAGUUAUUGUGAUAUGGCAUUUACCCAGUGUAGUGCCCGAAAUCACCAUCAUAGACUACACACUGGUGAAAAACCGUACAAAUGUCAACAGUGUGAUGCUAGUUUCAUACAGUCUGGAUCCCUGACUAAUCACAUGAUAAAACAUACCAACGAACUUAACUAUCAAUGUGAAGACUGUUUAAACACGUUCAAAAGUAGGAAGGCCCUUCUUAGACACAAGAAAAUCCAUAAACCGACUAGAGAUUACCAAUGUCAGUAUUGUUGGAGAGAAUACUGCCAGAAAUAUGAAUUGCAGCGACACUCAAAGGUAUGUAAGUUCAAAGACAAUCACCUACAAGAGAAAUUUGACCUUGAAAAAGUGAUUACAGAGGUUACUGAAAUUGAAUCCCGAAAAAUUGAUGAGGAAAAGGAAGAAGACAAUCAAGAUCUGCCUUUGAAUCAAGAUUUAAAUGAUGAGGAAAAGUUAGAAGACAAUCAAGAGUCCUCCAAGACGCAAGAAAGCAAUGAAAAAUCAUCCAAACAUUUGGUAAAGCCCUAUUUAUGUUCUAUAUGUGGGAAACAAUUCAACAGUAAAGGGAACUUAAAACAUCACUUCAUAACACACAAUUUUACAGGAGGAUUUCUAUGUGAAGUCUGUGGUAAAAGAUUUCAUCAUCAAUCUACUCUAGACAGUCACGUUAGAAUACAACACAAAGGGGAAUCCCCUUAUCAGUGCUCCAUUUGUAAUAAGAUGUAUACUUCUUCAGCUAGUUUGAAUAAUCAUUUUAGAGUUCAUUUUGAUGAUCGUCCCUUUGCCUGCAAAAUAUGUAAGAAAAGCUUUAAAGUAAAGAGGGCACUGCACAGACAUAUUAAUAUUCAUGUCCAGGACUCUCCGCUAACAAAUUGUGAAUUCUGUGGUAAACCUUGCGUUGACAGAGGUGCAAAGAUCACUCAUUAUAAACUUCAUUUUAAUCGUUUGUUUCAAAAAGCUGAAGUGAAAAAAACAAAUACUGAGAGUGGUGCUGAGCAGAUUCAGAUCUUGCAUUCCAUAUUAAAAAAUAACAGAGGUCUGAUCAAAAACCCAAAAUGUGAAAAUAGCCCAUCUACAUGUAAGUUAACAUACAAAGAACAGCGGAAUAAAUGGCAAGAAAGUAUGUUCAAAGAAAUUGUUGAGGUUCUUGGCACUGAGAAAAAAAACUUUAAUACACCAGUUAAAUUGAAGGACAUACCGAAAAUAGGUAUUAUACAAAAAGAUGUCUAUAUUGAAAAACCAAUUAUGAAACGACCACCAAAGAAAAUGAAAAUAAACCAUAAAAGAACUGCACAAAUUGUCAAUGAUGAAAAACAUACAGAGGAUAUUAAUAAUUCUGGUUGUCAUAGCAACCGUGCAAUCAACAGAUUAGAAAAGAUAACUAGCAAGAGUUCAGAUGUUUCUCCUAAUUCAGAAGCUAAUUCAAAGACAUCAGAAAAUAGUUUGAAUGAAAAAAAGGAUGGUGGUUUGAAAAAGAACUUAUCUGAGAUCAAAUUGACACAUAUUAAACAGGAAGCUGAGGAAAAUAAUAAAGCAUCAAGUGUUAACAUGGAUAAGUGUCCUUUGUCUGAAAAUAUCAGCAUUGAAAACGAAACCAAGGGAGAUAACAACGUGAAGCUUGAGAUUUAUGAUUUUAUUAAAAAGAUAGAUGAAACCGCUUUACAAAUAAAAGAUGAUAAAGCUUUGAAUUCUAUUCUUCAGUACUCAAAUAAUAUUACAAAAAACUGUUUUGAAACAAAUGAUGAAAAUUCAUCUGAAAAUGUGGAAACAAUUAUAAUGGGGGAUAACUCUUCUGGGUUGAAAGUUUCAGAUAUUGGUUCAUUGAAAGUGGAUAGCUCCUUUGAGAUAACAAAUGAUGGCACACAUGGUGAUAAUUUUACAAAAGAUGUUUUAUCAGUGGAACAUAAUUCAGACAUGAAUUUUAGUAGUAUGGAAGGCUUAUUAGAUUAUUCAUCAAUGGGUGAAAAUUCUUGUGUGUCAAUUGAGGAUAACAAAACAGCAGAAACGGAGAAACCAGAAGACAUGCUCUCACCUGUUACAGAUCAACAAGGAAAUGAGAUCGAUGAUACCAAUAGAGACAACAAGAAAACAUGUACCAGUCUGACUCAGGGGAAUACAUCAGAAUUACUACAGAACGGUUUAAAAGUUUUAAGAGUUAAUUUAACAAAAAUGGGGAAACAUGGUGGCAUAGCUAAAUCCUAUUUCUGUUCGGAAUGUGAUAAAGGGUUUUACUUGAAACGUAUGGUUGAUAAACAUGAAGCAAAGUGUCGAAAGGAUGAUGAAGAAAAAGAGAAAAAUUUCUGUCACAUUUGUGAUAAAGAAUUUAGUUCACGAAGUGGUAAAGCAAGACAUAUUGAAACAGUUCAUCCAUUUGAUGGCAUCAAGAAAUAUGCUUGUCAGAUAUGUGGGAAAAGAUUCUCACAAAAUAGUGCCAAAGUCCUUCACAUGAUUCGAGUUCAUCAGAAUGAGAAACGAUAUAAGUGUUCGGUGUGUAAAAUUCGUUACAAUAUAUUAGCUGACCUGAAAACUCACCAGAAAAAACAUAGAAGUAGAAUAAAGAAAUUCGGCUGUCAAUUGUGUGAUGGGCUUUUCAAUCGCAAGAGUGAUUAUGAUCAUCAUGUUGGAAGAGUCCAUCCAAUGUCAAGGCCGUAUAGAUGUGGAGGAUGCAUGAAAGGUUUUAAAACAGCAAAGGAAGUUAUGAAUCAUGGACAUAUUGAAAGAUGUAAAGCUGCAACACCAAAAAUAUUGAAAUUAGUUGUUGUAGAUGAAACUGAUUAAUUGAUAUCUAAUGACAAUUGAUACUGACAUUUAUAACAACUUAUUUUCAGAGUAUUGUACAAAUAGUAUCAUUGUUUGGUAAAAAAAAAGCUAUCUUUAUUUAUUAGAAGAGUAGGAGGGGGUAUAAUCCUGUAUUCCCGAAAAAAUAAAGUAUUCUUUCCCGGAUCCCGAAAAAUAAAUCUUCAAUUCCCUAGUCCCGAUAGGUGUAAAUCCCAAAUUCUAGCAAAAAUAAAGGCCCAAUCCUGAAUUCCUCCAAAAAUAAAGGUCCAAUCCCAACGUCCUGAAAAAGGUCCCUCCGCCCCUAAGAAAACUUUUCUCCUUUAACUACAUAUUUUUAGAGAAUUGUAGUAAUAGUAUGAUUGUUUGAUAAAAAUUAAGAAAUGAACACUAAAGAAUAACUUUAUUGCCCUUGCUGUGUAAAAUUUUUUCAAUCUACAACAUUCGCCCUGUAACAUAUACCUAUAUGUUACUGAAGUAUGUGAGAACAUUUUUUUUCAUUGUGACUACAUUAAUUUAGAGAUUAUUGCACAUAAGGCUAAAAUCUUCAAGCAUAUUUGAUAUAUUUCUGAUUUUAGAUUUAUUUGUUUUACAUAGAUAUAAGAAGAUGUGGUAUGAGUGCCAAUGAGACGACUCUCCAUCCAAGUCACAAUUUGUAAAAGUAAACC